AUGUAUCCUCCCCUCCAAUACCAUCCAUUGGCUCUCCCAAAGUCUCGGGAUGUAGAUCUUGACACCCAGACAAGUAACAUUCUAGAAGCCACUCUCAUAGCUUUAAAUGCCUCCAACCCUCACCUUGCUGGAGACUGCUGGCUAUGCAUGACUAUUGGAACUCCCAUGCCUACAGCUAUUCCGGCAUCCAAUUCCUCCAUCACUGAAGGUACCAAUUGUAGUCUUAAUGUCCCCUUCAGGGUUCAACCCGUAGGUUUCAACCUUUCUAUCUGCUAUCAAAGAACAUUCCAAAAUGACAGUUAUGAUCUAGAUAUGGGAUUUAUAACCUUUUCUAACUGCUCCAAAAUCACUGACUACUCUGAGCCCCUAUGUCCUGCCCCCAGGCAAGUUUUCCUUUGUGGCAAUAAUCUAUCCUAUACAGCCCUGCCAACUAAUUGGACUGGACUUUGCUUACAAGCUAACAUUCUCCCAGACAUCUCCAUUAUUCCAGGGGAUGAGCCUGUUCCCUUACCCAGUCUUGAUUACAUUGCUGGGCGUAUUAAACGGGCUGUCCAAUUCAUCCCCUUACUCGGUCUAGGGAUCUCUGGAGCCAUAGCUUCCGGCACAGCAGGUCUAGGAGUAGCAAUACACUCCUACACAAAACUCUCUAAUCAAUUAAUUGAUGAUGUCCAAGCUCUUUCAGGGACCAUUAGUGAUCUUCAGGACCAAAUUGAUUCUUUAGCAGAAGUUGUAUUACAAAAUAGAAGAGGGUUAGAUUUACUCACGGCAGAACAGGGAGGGAUAUGUUUGUCUCUACAGGAACGAUGCUGCUUCUACGCCAACAAGUCUGGCAUCGUCCGAGACAAGAUCAAGAAGCUACAAGAAGAUCUCGUCAAGAGACGGAAAGAGCUAUUUGAGAACCCGCUCUGGAGUGGACUUAAUGGACUCCUCCCCUACCUCCUCCCCAUCCUUGGUCCCCUUGUUGGUUUUCUCCUUAUUCUUACAUUUGGCCCUUGGGCAUUUAGAAAAAUAACCGACCUCGUAAAACAGCAAAUAGAUUCAGCUUUAGCAAAACCCAUUCAGAUUCAUUAUCAACGCCUGGAAAUGGCCGAUAGGUGGGACUCGGAUUACCAAGAGCGCGAAUGUAUUCCUGUGGAUAAACUAAAAAGGCUGCUUGCUCUGUGGAUGACGGAUUGGGAUAUAAGAGACUCUGAAGGUAGAAAACCAGCUAGGAGGUCAUUACAGUGUUCCGGGCGAGAGGUGGAGCGAGGUGCUGAAAUACUGCAAGGUGCUGAACUACAGGAGCAGCUGUGA